AUGUAUGUAUGUUUGUCUGUUUGCACGUUUGUUACUUUGUAUGAAUGUUUGCAUGUGAGUUUGUUUGUAUGUCUGAUUUGUAUAACUUUGUGUAUGUAUGUAUGUGUGUAUGUAUGUAUGUAUGUAUGUAUGUAUGUAUGUAUGUAUGUAUGUAUGUAUGUAUGUAUGUGUGUAUGUAUGUAUGUAUGUAUGUAUGUAUGUAUGUAUGUAUGUAUGUAUGUAUGUAUGUAUGUAUGUAUGUAUGUAUGUAUGUAUGUAUGUAUGUAUGUAUGUAUGUAUGUAUGUAUGUAUGUAUGUAUGUAUGUAUGUAUGUAUGUAUUUAUGGAGCAAAUAAAAUUUCGUUUCGUUUCGUAUGUAUGUCUGUGUGUACUACGUUUGUAUGUUUGUAUGCCUGUUUGCACUUAG